UUUCAGCCAAAUUCAUGUAAAAAGAUGCUUUUCUUUGUGACAUUUAAAAAUAUGCUUUCUUUUCACUUUUUUCUUAACUAUAAAUUUCGAUGCAAUGGCUAUAAGUUCUUAGAACACAAUUCACAAGAUCUUCUUUAGAAUCCAAAAUCGUAGGCCACUAUUUCAUUAUACAUAUGUAAUUUAAUGUGAUACAGAUACAUCUAUAUACAAACACGAAACCAUACAUGCACGAUGAUGAUCACACACGCACACAUAUAGAAACAUAAACACGCAUUUUAAUUUCCAUAUAGUUUAAUUUCAUUUGAACUUAACUUUUUUUUUUUGGUGAAGAUUCUUGAGAGAAAAGAAAUCGAAGAUGGCAACAGAAGGUACUGAGAAAACUAAGUCAACAGAAGUGAAGAAGAAACUAAACGUGUUGAUCGUCGAUGAUGAUCCAUUAAACUGUAGACUCCACGAGAUGAUCAUCAAAACGAUCGGAGGAAUUUCUCAGACGGCAAAGAAUGGUGAGGAGGCUGUGAUUCUCCACCGCGGUGGGGCAUCUUUCGACCUUAUUCUAAUGGAUAAGGAAAUGCCCGAGAGGGAUGGAGUUUCGACAACUAAGAAGCUAAGAGAAAUGAAAGUGACGUCAAUGAUUGUUGGGGUAACGUCACUAGCUGACCAAGAAGAAGAGCGUAAGGCUUUUAUGGAAGCCGGACUUAACCAUUGCUUGGAAAAACCCUUAACCAAGGCCAAGAUCCUCCCUCUCAUUAACCAUCUCCUGGGUGCUUGAUGGAUGACGGCUCAUUAAUUAUAUAUCUAUACCGUAUUUCCAAAUUCCAAUCCUAAAAAAUACAACAAUGUCUACACGUACACGUGUACUUGACAUAUAUAUCUGCAUGCGUUUCUUUUGGAAUUUAGGGUUUCUUAUAUCUAUGUCUGAUUUCUUUUUUAUAGUCGU